AUGAUUGUCUCUGUCAAAGGCAAGCGACUCGCUCUUUUGAAGAAUGCUGGCAACGAUCCACGACAGCAUCCUACUAAUGUAGCACAAGUCAAUGCUCACAGCCUUCACCUUCAGACUCGUCCUUCGCAGAAAGAGAGCAUACCAUUCAAUUCUGAAGCCACAGCAGCAGCAUCGGAAGUCGACGCGACAACAUCGGUCAGAAUACUCCCUCAACUUGCCACACCCACGACAUCAACGAAUACCUGUGAAGUGUCCUCGCUGACCACUGUACCCAUGCCGAUGUACCCUCAAAGUUCUCCUGCAUCUCAAUCACCAGCAUCCAGUGUAUCAGUGUCAACAUCAGCAGAAGACUGCAUGAUGUCUCAUUCAAACAAUACCGUUUUCACUGCCCUAUUCAAAAACGGCCGUGUCUUGGGCAUUCCCUGCGGCACCCAGAUGCUAUGGAAACUGAGUAUGCGUGGUCCCGACGUGCCUGCUACCCUCCAACCAACGAUGCUACAGCGAACGGUAAUGCACACUUCUUGGAUUGACCGUUUCCCUUUUCCGCGUAUGCGCGACAAUUUCAUCAAAUUGAAUGGGAUCAUUGACGAGGAGGAUUUUCUGGCUUGCCUUUUCGACACGCAAAGCUUCACUAUUGUGCCCGGUACCAUGAGUUGGGAUCCUGAUGGCUGGAUCAUUGGCAAGGAUUUCAGAGAGAAAUGGGGCUUUCUGUUCUACUGA